AUGAUUAAAGGAAAAAUACCUCCUGAAGCAGCAGCCAACAAACUGGAACUUCCACCAAAAGACACUGUGACAGACACUGUGACAGACACUGUGACAGACACUGUGACAGACACUGUGACAGACACUGUGACAGACACUGCGACAGACACUGCGACAGACACUGUGACAGACACUGUGACAGACACUGUGACAGACACUGUGACAGACACUGCGACAGACACUGUGACAGACAUUGUGACAGACACUGCGACAGACACUGUGACAGACACUGUGACAGACACUGCGACAGACACUGUGACAGACACUGUGACAGACACUGUGACAGACACUGUGACAGACACUGCGACAGACACUGUGACAGACACUGUGACAGACACUGUGACAGACACUGUGAAAGACACUGCGACGGACACUGCGACAGACACUGCGACAGACACUGCGACAGACACUGUGACAGACACUGUGACAGACACUGCGACAGACACUGCGACAGACACUGCGACAGACACUGCGACAGACACUGCGACAGACACUGCGACAGACACUGUGACAGACAUUGUGACAGACACUGCGACAGACACUGCGACAGACACUGACAGACACUGCGACAGACACUGCGACAGACACUGCGACAGACACUGCGACAGACACUGCGACAGACACUGCGACAGACACUGCGACAGACACUGCGACAGACACUGCGACAGACACUGCGACAGACACUGCGACAGACACUGCGACAGACACUGCGACAGACACUGCGACAGACACUGCGACAGACACUGUGACAGACACUGCGACAGACACUGUGACAGACCAGGAUGA